AUGUUGCUAGCUAACCACACCAAACUCCACCCAGCUUCCUUCAUUCUACUGGGAAUCCCAGGCCUUGAGGCUAAUCACUUCUGGCUUUCAUUUCCCUUCAUUAUGAUGUAUACCACGGCCAUGGGUGGCAAUAUCCUCCUUCUGGUCAUCAUUUCAGAGAGGAGCCUCCAUGAACCUAUGUACAUCCUCCUCUCUCUCCUUGCCAUUACAGACCUCAUCCUUUCUACCACCACUGUGCCCAAGGCCCUGGCCAUCUUCUGGUUCCAAGCUCAUUAUAUCCCCUUCCCUGCCUGCCUCACCCAGGUCUUUUUCAUUCACUUUGUCUCAGCCCUGGAGUCAGCCACAUUGCUUUCUAUGGCAUUUGAUCGUUAUGUGGCCAUCUGUGACCCUCUGCGCUAUGCAUCUAUCCUCACCUACAAGGUCCUUGGCAAGUUGGGACUGGCUGGUUUUGCUCGAGCUUUCUCCACUGUUGCCACCCUUGUCUUUCUCCUCCACCGGUUGCCCUACUGUGGUCAUCGUACAAUACCCCACACGUACUGUGAACACAUGGGUGUGGCCCGGCUGGCGUGUGGGGACAUCCGUGUCAACAUCAUCUAUGGUCUUUGUGCAGCCCUCUCAACACUGGGCAUUGAUGCGAUUCUUAUUGUUGUCUCCUACGUUCUCAUCCUCUGUGCUGUCUUUCGCCUGCCAUCCCAAGGUGCACGCCAUAAGGCUCUGGGCACCUGUGGUGCCCAUGUCUGCGUGAUCCUCAUGUUUUAUACACCUGCCUUUUUCUCCUUCCUCACCCACCGCUUUGGCCGUGGUACCAUCCCCCGCCAUAUUCACAUCCUUCUGGCCAAUCUGUAUGUAGUGGUACCACCCAUGCUCAACCCCAUCGUCUAUGCAGUUAGGAUGAAGCAAAUCCGGGACAAGGUUAUUCAGAGUUUCAGAUGGAUGGGGAAAGGAGGUCACUGA